GCAAUGCAAGGCGUCGCACAUUAAAGAGAAGGGGCCUGUUUUUACAUUGAACGUUUCCUGCAGCUCUGAGAGUGUGUGCGCGCGACAGUUGAGUUACACAUCCCAGUUUUCGAACUUUCGCUUCACGUUCCAGUCCUUCCCUCUGCUUCAGUGCGUCAUUCUGGAUGAGAGUUCUGUGGUCAAAGCGAACAUCGCGCGCGGAGACGCCGACGCUAAUGGAAUAACGCCCGUUUGGAUCUCUUUUGGGCUGAAAUGCGCGCGAGUGUUUGAUCGCAGCUCAUACCUGCCGCGCUGACCUUCAGGAGGAAUUACCCUGAGAACGCUCGCUCGCGUUGAAUGGGUUUUAAUGACGCUCACCUGAACCUGUCUGGAUGGGAUGCACCGUGAGCUUCAUCUGCUGUGAAGACGAGUUUCUGCAGAUGCCUUUGGAUCAGCAUGUGGAGAAAAAGAAAGAGGAGAAGAGGCUCUUAUCUAAGCCUGAAGAGUUUGAGGCCGUCCACUCCCACACCUUCCGGCUGAAGACGUUCAAGAAGGGGAAGCACUGCGGCGUGUGCAAGCAGACUGUUAACAAUGAGGGGCUCAUCUGCAGAGUUUGCCGGAUAGCCUGCCACAGGAAGUGUGAGGUUAAGGUAUCGUCCUCCUGCGUUCCUGUUGCCAACUAUGAACUGGCCCCCAGCAAUGACCUCCCACUGAAACUUAUAGAGACAACAGGCUCAACCAAAUCCUCCAAGAGCGUGGAGUCUCGACGCAGACCAUCUAGGAGCUUGAGUUUGAUCCAGGCCAUGGAGGAAAACUAUGAGUUGGACCUGGUCUACAUCACAGAGCGCAUCAUUUCUGUCAGCUUCCCCAGUAAUGUAGAAGAGCCGAGCUACAGCGCUAACAUAAAGGAGGUCGCCACCAUGCUACGCUCCAAACAUGGUGACAACUACUUGCUCUUUAACCUCAGUGAAAAGCGCUAUGAUAUCUCCAAGCUGAAUCCCAAAGUGCUGGAUUUUGGCUGGCCGGACCAUCAUGCUCCAGCCCUGGACAAGAUCUGCAGCAUCUGCAAAGCCAUGGACACUUGGAUGAGCGCUGACACUCACAAUGUGGUUGUCUUACACAAUAAGGGAAACCGAGGUCGAACAGGAGUAGUUGUGGCUGCGUACAUGCAUUACAGCAACAUAUCAGCGAGUGCAGACCAGGCUCUGGACAGGUUCGCCAUGAAGCGCUUUUAUGAAGAUAAAGUGCUUCCUGUGGGUCAACCUUCCCAGAGAAGGUAUGUACAGUAUUUCAGUGGUCUGCUCUCCGGCCGCAUCAAGAUCAACAACAAGCCCCUGUUUCUGCACCACGUUAUCAUGCACGGGAUCCCAAACUUUGAGUCCAAAGGAGGUUGCCGCCCUUUCCUCAAGAUCUACCAGGCUAUGCAGCCCGUCUACACAUCUGGGAUCUAUAACGUCCAAGGAGACAGUCAGACCAGUAUCUGCAUCACCAUUGAACCUGGCCUGCUUCUGAAAGGAGACAUCCUGCUCAAGUGUUACCACAAGCGCUUCCGCAGCCCAUCCCGUGAUGUCAUCUUCAGAGUGCAGUUUCACACCUGUGCUGUCCAUGAUCUGGGCAUCGUCUUCGGCAAAGAUGAGCUUGAUGAAACAUUUAAAGAUGACAGAUUUCCUGAAUAUGGAAAAGUGGAAUUUGUCUUUUCUUUCGGCCCAGAAAAAAUCCAAGGAAUGGACCACCUUGAGAACGGCCCCAGUGUUUCUGUGGACUACAAUACCCAGGAUCCUCUGAUUCGCUGGGAUUCUUACGAGAACUUCAACCAGCGCUGUGAAGAUUCAAUGGAGGACGUUAUUCACACACAAGGUCCGUUGGAUGGUAGUCUCUAUGCUAAGGUAAGGAAGAAAGAGUCUCUCGACGGAGGGGUCACAACCAAUGGUCUCCCAGCCACUGUCGAUCACACUUUAACUGCUGUAGACCACACUCUACCACCAGUCGACCACGCCUUGUCUGUAAGCAGUGACUCGGGCAACUCCACCGCUUCCAUCAAAACCGACCGCACGGAUGAAGCCAGCCAUCAGCCGGCCUUGGUGAGUCAGCCGUCCUCCCAGCCCCUUAGCCCAGAGGAAAAACAGGAGCUGGACCAGUUGCUUAGUGGUUUGGAAGCGCCAAUGAAUCGCACAGGUUACCAAAGCAGCGGAGGCGGCGGAGUCCUACACCUCGUCCCCGCCCAGGUUCACGUAAACGGACACAACAACAUCGACCGUGAGACAGAUAUCCUUGAUGAUGACCUGCCCAACAGCCAGGAAGGUAACAGUGUGGACAGUCUUGGAACCCUCUCCUCUUUCGAGGGCAGAGCCACUCCAGCAGAUCUAUACUACCAAUCAGAGACAGUUAUUAAUGGUCAAGAUGCACCCUACUUGGAGAAGGGUGUCCACGAGAAAAUGGCAGAGGCCAAAGUCCACAGCUCCUCAUCUGUCCAAGAGGACUUAGGAUCCUCUAGUGACUACGCCAAACAGAAUGGCAACAUCUACCGAUCUCAAUCAUUAGGGGCAACCCCAACCACAGAGCAGAAGUACAUGCCCAGAGCUCCCACACGCACGACCAGCAGUAGGGAUGCAGUGCAGAGGGGACUGAAUGUGUGGCAACAGUAUGGUGUUCCUGAGGUCCCAGUCACAGAUGGGGUCACCUUCAACCCUGUGCUACAAUCCCACAGCCUUCCAGAGUUUCCUCACAUGGCAUCUCAGAAAGAAAUUGAGCAGUCCAUUGAAGCCCUCAACAUGCUGAUGCUGGACCUUGACCCAGCACUUACUCAAGUCCCCAAGUCCCAUAGUGCCCCAUCUGGAGAAGGUGGAGUGGUCACCACCCAACCAUCUUUGUCUCAAACCCAAGCACGGCCAUCCUACCAAGCAGAUGCAGCCAUUCAUGACCGAGGUGGGGCCUCUUCAGGGGGAUACCCUUUGACCUUUCAACAAGUAACUGCAGAGCCUCCACAAACCUCCAUGAACCAACAGAGACAAGCCAUAUCUCAACAUGCUGCAUUCCCUUCUGAGACAGAAGGUCAGGCACCUAUGUCCCAGUCCACAGUGCCUUCCUCCACCUUUGGAGUUCUCCAGUUGAAACCCCUCAACAUUUAUCCUUCAAGCACCACAUCCCAGUCCCCUGAGCCCCAUGAGAGCCAACGUAGUUAUUCUGCCUCCUCAUCCCCUUUGCCUAAAGAGUCUGAACCGGAAGAUGCCAACUACAAAUUGGAUGGUCUUGUAGCUCACCGUAUAGCUGAGUACACUGCUCGUAUCCGAGGCAUAAGUGACAAGCGGAAUGCUCCUGAGCUCGGCCACCGCCGCCGCUCUUUCUCCUUCAGUGGAGUUCAGUCUUGUGAAAUGUCACCAGAUGAGGCUUCGGUUCCUGUGCGGUGCCGGACCUUCAGUGAAGGCCUUUCCCAAGACGAGAGCCCAACUCUAGGAAGCUCGGUCCGCUCCCCCAUCCGCUGCAUCUCACCGGAGCUGGCAAAUACCAUUGCUAUGAACCCUGGGGGGCGGCCCAAGGAGAGACAUAUGCAUAGCUACAGGGAAGCAUUUGAGGAAAUGGAUGGGGGUCCCGUCAGCCCCCCUCCGACCGUUGGUGGUGAGGCCCUACCCCAAACCCCUGCCUUCCCUGUCUCACCACAAACCCCUUACUUCAACCUAAGUCGAUCUCCUCCGGGACUGGCUAAAACCCCACUGUCCUUCCUGGGCUUGAAGCCCCACAACCCUGCUGAGAUUCUACUAAAUCAGACAGGCUCAGAGCCUCGUAGCUAUGUGGAGUCUGUGGCCAAAGCAGCUGCAAAUGGACCACCAGCGUCCCCCGUGUCUCCAACAUAUGACAGUGACAGCUUAGCUCGUCCUGCUGGGCCGUCCCAUGCCUACAACGCUCCUCUUUCCUCCAGCAGCCCCAUUCAGAGACCAGAUGCAGUAGAAAGCACAGUGACCGAUCGCGGGUUGGGGUUGAAUUCUCUGUCCCAGGCUGCUGUUGACUCUGUCCAUCACUCCCAGCCCUCCGGAAACACAUACCAAACACCCACACCCUUUAACCCCACCUCUAGCAGCAUGUUGGGUGGCUACAUCACACCUGAUAUUAGCCCCUCUCUACCAGAGGCCAUGCAAAAUAAUGUCACGACCAUCCAGCCACUCGCUGGAAGCCCUGAAACGAGAUACCCAGCUGUCCUGCCCGACAUGACGUCUGCUCCCGGCCUUCAGCACAGGCUACCUAAUCAGGACGGCCCCGUUCUGGGCCGACAGCCGAUCCCGGGCAAUGGUCACCUACCUGGUAUGGCCGGUAGUCCCCUGCAAGGAAGACAUGCAAUGGUGUCCCAAGGAACGCAGAGCAGUCCCAUGCUUUCCAGACAGUAUCCCAUCACCCAUGGGACUCAGAGCAGUCCGAUUCUCAGCAGGCAACCUAUGGGACAAGCCAACCAGAGCAGCCCAGUCCUCAACCGACAGGCGUCCCCAAAUCAACCAAUCAUUCUGCCUAAUCAAAGCAGCCCGGUGUUGAGUAGACAGCCUUCUGUUACCCAACCCAACCAGGGUAGCCCUGUCUUGAGCAGGCAAUCCUCACUUACACAUCCCAACCAGGGCAGCCCCGUUCUGGGAUGCCACCCAUCCCUAACGCAGGGUAGCCCUAGUCUGGACAGGCACCCGAUGUACAGCGGCUACACCACUCCAGAAGAGCGGCACGGAGCCCUUUCGCGCCAAAGCAGUUCCUCUGGAUACCAGGUGCCAUCUACACCUUCUUUCCCAGUCUCUCCGGCGGGAUACAUAGAUGGAGUGGGAUUCAGGCAGGGCAGUCCCGGCCCCCAACCACAGCUUCCUGAAAAGAGACACAUGUCCAGCAGCGAUCGCUCCAAUGGUGGACUGUCCUAUGGAACGCUCAACGGGAAGAUGUCCUCUCCGGUGUCCAGUGGCGGCAGCACUCCAAGCGUUCAUUUCUUCCACACGCUCCCUGACUUCUCCAAACUCAACAUGCAUGAUGGAAGUCCGGAGACCAGGCUGAACGUGAAGUUUGUCCAGGACACGUCCAAAUUCUGGUAUAAACCAGAUAUCUCCAGAGACCAAGCGAUCAACAUGCUGAAGGAUCAAGAGCCUGGAGCCUUUGUCAUUCGGGACAGUCAUUCCUUCAGAGGGGCUUACGGCUUGGCCAUGAAAGUUGCCUCUCCACCUCCGACCGUGCAACCUACAAAGAAAGCUGGAGACGUCACUAAUGAGUUGGUGAGACAUUUCCUGAUUGAGACGAGUCCAAAAGGCGUGAGACUGAAGGGCUGUCCCAACGAGCCGUACUUUGGCUGUCUGUCUGCACUGGUCUACCAGCACUCCAUCACUCCUCUGGCUCUACCCUGCAAACUAGUCAUACCAACCAGAGAUCCUCUGGAGGAGUCAUCUGAGACCGCAACGCCAACUAACCCGGCGGAAGAGAUGCUCAAACAGAGUGCAGGGCAGAAGAGUCCAGCUGACUCCCAUGCAUGUAAUGUCCUGUACAUAAACUCUGUGGAUAUGGAGUCUCUGACUGGGCCUCAGGCCAUCGCCAAGGCCAUCUCAGAAACCAUUGCAUCCAGUCCCACACCUUCUGCCACCAUUGUUCACUUCAAGGUGUCGGCACAAGGCAUAACGCUCACUGACAACCAGAGAAAGGUUUUCUUCAGACGUCAUUAUCCCCUCGGCACGGUCACGUUCUGUGACAUUGAUCCACAGGAGAGGAAGUGGAGCAAACCAGAGGGUGGCAAUGCAAAGUUCUUUGGCUUUGUGGCCAGAAAGCAAGGCAGCACGACAGACAAUGUCAGUCACCUGUUCGCCGAGAUGGAUCCAGAUCAACCGGCCACAGCCAUCGUCAACUUCGUCUCCAAAGUGAUCAACUCUCAGAAGCGGUGAACUCUUCCUGCGCCACUGCUUUCCGGAGGACUUUCAUUUUGUUCUGUUGAAUUCUUUUUAAAUGUCUGUUUUUCGUUCUGUAUGUUUGGCUGAGAGGCUGUGUGUAUGUGUGAGGAAGGGUUAUUUGGACGGCAGUGAGGAAGAGGGACAGAGGAAGUGCAGGGUGGGCGUAGAGGAGUGAAGUACAGAGGGGAGGUGAUCUUCAUCUCACUUGGAGGGAACGUGGAAAUGAUGUCGGUGGUUUUGUUGCUCUUUUUUUAAGAAAAAAGGAAAAGAAAAAGUAAAAAAAGGUUGAUGAGUAGGAUGAAAUGUGGGGCUGAUGCACCAAAGAUAAGAGAGCAGUCAGGACAAACCAAUCAUUUAUCCAAGCGUCCUUGUAUAUCUUGAUAAACCACGGCUGCUUCGUUAAAACUGUACAUAUGAACUGAAGCAUCACCUCUUUUCCUUCUGAAAGCGGCUCCUGUUUCUCACGCUACAAGUGCAAGACCUUUUCAUAAGCCAACUAAGAGUCCACUCUGGAUACACUUAAAACCUUGUGGGGAUUUUAAAGUUCCCUUGCAUGUGGCAGAUCUGGCAGAAGAUAAAAGUAAGGGUUAGAUAUUCCCAUCCUCAAAGAUGCGCUUCAGAGAAAAUGAGUUGUUUCAGCAAUUCAGCUUCUCCAUUCACUUCUGGUCCAUAAAUAUCCAGCGGUUUCCAUUUGGAAAGUCUUCAUUUUCAGGAAAGUGCAAUACAAUGGCAUUUGAAGUCAGACUGAGAGGUGACAAGCAGGGAAAAAAAAUAAUACAUAAAUAAUAAAUAAUAAUAAAUGCUAAAAACUGAAUAUUUCUCUUCAUCUGGGUGCAGCUGUUUGCAUAAUGUCAUAGAUUUCAAGAGACGUUUAUUUCCUAGCGCUUUAUACAAUUCAGACGGUUUCAAAGCAGCUUCACAGAAAUAAAACAGGAAAUUCCAAUACAUUUGCAAAAUUCAUUAUGGAAGAACUUUAGUUUCAGCUGAAAAGCAACAUUACAGAAGAUUCAGCUCAGUUUAGUUCGAUAUUGGCUCAGUUUAGUUCACUAACAGUGUCAAUGUUGGAAAGCUCAUCAGUAUUUAAAAUGAAUUCAAAGGCAGCUCAGGUUUAUUCAGAAAUCAUCAGAUAGUCAGUGCAGUCAAACUGAUAAUAGUUUUCUGAAUAAACCCCACGUGUGCAAGCCAAAGGCGACAGUGGCAAGGAACCAAAACUCCGUCAUGAAUCAAAAUGUUACAUUCAGCUCUUUCUAUUUGGGAACAGUCACAGUAAUGGAUGGACGUCUGAUUUGAUAUGCUGUUCUAUGUCACUUUCCGAGCAGCUAGUUGUAACUCCUGAGCUGAAUUGAACACAAUAAUCUUCUUGAGAUCUUUUAUGCACGUGUCAAGCAUCAACUUUUAUCUCCUGGUCUGCAGUUGUUAGCGUCCAUGAGCCGCUGUUGUGCUCUCUUCUGUUCAGGUCUGAGUGUGUAUCAUUGUGUAUCUGGCAGUAAGGUGUAGAUCAGUCACUGUGUCUCUAUGCCUCGCUUCAAACACACUCACACUAUCAUUCUACCCCAAAGUAAGCUAAGUAUAUAUAAAAAAAAAAUACAUCAGAAAGCGAUUUUACUGAAUAUUUAUUGUGUUAUUAUGUCUUUGCUACUUUUUUUUUUUUUUUUUGCUCCAUGUUAACUCAUUUACCUAUAGAUAUAUUGUAUAGUCUACAUAAAGAUUAGCCUCCAAAAGAAAUAAUCUUUAUUUUGGCUAAUAUUUCGAAAUCGUGAGAUUUUGAGAAGUGUGCUAUGAUGUAUGGUGUAAAGUGUAUGUAUUUGGAAAGCUUGUCAUUAUUGGAUGUUUUUUCUCACGUCGUUUUCCUUUAGCUUUAGAUCGACAUCGACUUUGCUUUUGCACCACUCUAAAAAAUGCUGGGUUAAAUAUGGACGAAAAAUGUUUAACCCAAACUUCUGGGUCAAAACAACCCAGUCGCUGGGUUUGUCCAUAUUUUACCCAGUGCUUGGUUGUAUUGUUUACUGCAAGAGGUUUUGUGUAAAGAAAAGUAAGGAAGUGUCUUUAUUUUUGUAUUAUGGUUAUUAUUUUGGCAUCUUUUCCCUCCCAGUGUUCAGCCCUCGGUGAAAGCCACUGUUUGGCCCCUCGCAGUGAUUCUCUCAGGCAGAAUUCAGUAUUGUUUCAUACUGCCAUCCUGAGGCGCUGUCAGGUAUUGCCAGCCAUGUCGUCAUCUACGCAUCCUCCCGUUCUGAACCCUUCUUAAAUUUAGAUGAAAAGUAAUACUGCAGUGUUUUAACUGUGAUUUGCAGAGAACGUACCCCACCACACACACUUCUUUAGUUUAAGCAGGAUGCCCAUGCCGCCCUGAAAACUGUCCCUUGUCUUGCUUUUAUGUAUGUAAAUACUUCAUUUUUGCCAAAGAUUUGAUUUCACGUUUGUAUUCCUUUGUUUGUGAAUUGAUCACUGUCUGGUCGUGUGCGAACGACGGCUUGUUGUUUUUGGCACGGGGGUCUGUUUUGACUCGAUGCACAUGCUAUAUGACGUGUUCCACUGUGUUUGGUUGCCAUGAUUCCCUUGUGUUUAGCCUUACAAAACUGCUCCAAAAGAAUGCAAAGCACUUAAUGAUCAAGAGCUGAAAAAGUUCAUAAUAUCUUAAUAAAUAUGACCGCUUCAAUUAUCCUAACAGCAACGCCGUGUUUACUCUGGAAGCGUCCAGAGUCGUGAGGAUGCCUGCACUGGAAGCUCAAGGCUACGCUUCAAUAAAAAUAAAGAAAUCUGUGGAAAAUAAAAUCCUAUUUUAAAACUGACUUGCACGGGCUGUUUGACAAUAGAGACUUUCUUGUAAACACAGCCACUUUGUGCAAUCAGUUCAUGCAUGGGAUGCAAUUUUUCAUUGCAACAGUUAAGUACUUACAGUAUGGUUUAAAAUAGCAGGCCAAAGGCAAUUUCAUAAUCUGACUUUGAUGUAAUAAUCAAGUUAUGCAAUAGUUAAUUUAUGCACAUGUAUUAAAUGUGCAAGUGAAAUGAUUUGAUUUCAGAUUAAAGUAUCUAGAAAGUGUAGGCCUUUCAGUUGAUUAAAAUGGGAAACAUCUACAUUUAUGGUGCUGGACGUGUCUGGUGUAAACAUGGUGUAAGAGUGAUGAUGCACACUAGAAUAUAUAUUUACUUGCUUUGCUUGACUUUCUGGAUUUUUAAUUUGGUGCUCAGGCGUAGAUAAACGACGCAAACUGUGUUAUCCAAACAGUCAUUUCCAAACCACACAGAAAUGACAAAGUGUUUGCAUUUACCUGAAAACAUUUAGGCAGUCAAAGAAAGAGACCUUCCAUCAAAAUCAGCUCCGCACUCCUCCAUGUAUUAGUCAGCAGUGUUGUGUUAUUAUAUUUUUUUAUGUCCACUCAUUAACAGACUUAGAAUGUGUGAAUGAGCUACUAUUGCUGUACAGAACCACGUCGUUUUAUUUGCUUCAUGUUUUACAGCCUCAUUGUAUUGUUUUGGCAAAAAAAGUAUACAUUAAAGAGCGAUCCAAAUCAGUUACAUUAAAGUACACUGUUGCUAGAAA